UUCCUCGCGUUUAUGGGUAGAAAUUGCUGUUUUCGAUUCCUCUCGAUGCUUCUAGGGUUUCUGCUGCUGCAGUGAUCUAGGGACUUGGGGAUCCUAGAUCUGUCCGAUUCGAGGGUAACCCUUCAACGUGUUUCGCAAUUUGCGUUCGGGAUUUUGUGGAAUUUCAUCGAAAUGCCUUGUCUUUGCGGCAGAAUCCUGUCUCUUCGUUGCUGUGAAUGGCAAUCGGGUUCGUAAGGACAAGAGGUGGUUUUGGGGUGAGAAUUAGCGUCUGCAAUCAUGAGCUAUGUUUUACGGACAAGUAGAGCGGACAUCGAGAGCGGCUUGCCAGGAUUUAUACCCGAGAGGCGGCUGAUGCGAAUGCAUGUGGGCGGUCGACCUGUUAAUAACAAUUCGACUACUUUUCUUCUCACCGUUCUUGUUCUGUUCAUGAUAUUGAAUUCACAUCAGAUGUCACCCAAUUUUCUGCUUUGGCUUGUUUUGGGAGUGUUUCUGAUGGCCACUAGCCUAAGGAUGUAUGCAACUUGGCAGCAACUCCAGGCUCAAGCCCAAGCUCACGCUGCAGCUGCCAGUACCUUCCUUGGGGGCACAGAGUUGCGGUUGCAUGUUCCACCAUCUGUAGCCUUUGCUACAAGAGGGCGCUUACAGAGCUUGAGGCUCCAACUUGCUCUUCUUGAUCGAGAAUUCGAUGAUCUAGAUUAUGAUGCUUUAAGAGCAUUGGAUUCUGAUAAUCCCCCUGAUGCUCCUUCGAUGACAGAGGAAGAAAUCAAUGCCCUUCCUGUACACAAGUACAAGGUCCAAUCUCGCCAAGGGUCUGCGACCGGUCGGCAAAGUGGUGGAUCAUUGCCACAACAGGCAUCAUCUUCUUCUAUAUCUGCAACUGAGCAGAAAAGGCAGGAGAGUUCAAAACUAGAUGGGGACUUGAAGACUCCGGAAGAUGAACUGACAUGCAGUGUUUGCUUGGAGCAAGUCAGUGUGGGAGAAUUGAUAAGAAGCUUACCAUGCUUGCAUCAGUUUCAUGCAAUCUGUAUCGAUCCAUGGUUGCGUCAGCAAGGUACAUGCCCUGUCUGCAAGCACAGGGUGAAUUCUGGAUGGCAUGCAGGUGAUGAUGGUGGAGCGGACAUGGUCUAGCUAGUUACAUUCACCAUCCAAUGUCUCAAUACAGCUAUAUCAACGACGAGUGCAACUAACUCGAUGUACGGCAUUACUUAACCAAGUUAAAUGAUAAGGCGGCUGGUAUUAAGCCUGUUGUAAGUAUAUAUCUUAUCUAAUUAUUACGUCGAUCUCACCUGCAA